AUGGCCCCCGGGCCCGCCAUGACUUCGGUGCAGUGCGCAGCCCGAGCCGAGGAGCCGCCGGCCCAGCCCCGCAGCAAGGCGGCCCCCGCGGGCGCCAUGCGGGCCGAGGAGGAGGAGGAGGAGGAGGAGGAAGAGGAGGGCGAGAAGCCCCGCCCGGCUCUGCUGCCCUUCAGCGUGGAGGCGCUCAUGGCCGAGCCCCGCAAGCCUGGGAGCGGGACCCGCGAGGGAGGGCACGCGGCUCGCCCGCCGGCAGCCCCCAGUCCCCGGCCGAGGAGGGCUUCCGCCUCGCCGCCGGCCCUGCCCGGCCCGUUCGGCGCCGGAGCCUUCGUGAAAGUUCCCGAGGAAGCGCCGGUCAAGGCCGAAAGCCCGCCCUGGAGGCCCGCCCGCCGCUUCUCCCCGUCGCCGCCAAGGCGCUCCAGCCCGCCGGCCUGCACGCUCCGCAAGCACAAGACCAACCGCAAGCCCCGCACGCCCUUCACCACGGCGCAACUCCUGGCGCUGGAGCGCAAGUUCCGCCAGAAGCAGUACCUCUCCAUCGCCGAGCGCGCCGAGUUCUCCAGCUCGCUCAGCCUCACCGAGACGCAGGUGAAGAUCUGGUUCCAGAACCGGCGCGCCAAGGCCAAGCGGCUGCAGGAGGCCGAGCUGGAGAAGCUGAAGAUGGCCGCCAAGCCGCUCCUGCCGCCCGCCGCCUUCGGCCUCUCCUUCCCGCUGGGCAGCCCGGCCGUGGCCGGCGCCUCCCUCUACGCCUCCGGAGGCCCCUUCCAGCGCGCCGCCAUGCCCGUGACGCCCGUCGGGCUCUACGCGGCGGCGCACGUCGGCUACAGCAUGUACCACCUGGCCUAG